CACGUGAAAGAUGGCGGAUCUUCGAGAACCUUUCGAACUGUGUAAAGUCUUGCAAAAUGGCUCGCUUAUUGGAAUAUCAAGACUAACUGGAGAUGAAAAUGUUCUCCUUACGUUUAGUGAUAGAAGAGUUCUUGUUUACAAUCUGCAACAUCAGAAACUUAUCAACAGCUGGUCCGUGGAACAAAGAGAUGAAGUAACUAGUGCUGCAGUUUAUAAUCCUGUCGAUAAAACUUUCCUGAUGGCCGUAAAUAAGACGGAGAUUUUCAUGUGGAAAGAAACUGAUUCAGAUUUAAAUUCAUGUCAAAGAAUCCAAUCAGAGAAGAAUGUGUUUGGUCUCCAUGUGUGGAACCAUCUUAAAGUUGAUCCCCUUGUCAUGUUUGAGGAUGGGUCCUCAAUGUUUUUGGCUGAUCUUCUUCAUAACAAUGAAGAAAGAAAAGCAAAAAGGAGGAAAGCCAUGAAGUGUACACAUGAAAUGAGUACAUUUUAAAUGCUACAAAUUAUGGAACACCAGCUCACUGGAAUCCAAAGAACCAGGCAAUGGAGUUCAAAUUAACACCUCCUGAAGAGGAUGCUGAGCUAUUGUGUGGCUGUCUUUAUGAGGAAGGAUGUCAUUUAGUAUCUUACUGGUCCAGUGGAGCUCUUUGUCUCACCGAGCUGGAAACAGCACUAGAGCAGAAACAAGGUGGUGAAAUACUGGAUCUUUCCUGCAAAGUAAUUCAGAGGUUACAACCUCUGCAACAUGAAAGUAAUAAGGAAAAGAGGUGUGUAGCUAUGUCUGCUGUAGACCUGGAUCAUAUUUGUCUCUGUGGAAGCAGCAUGAUUGAUGGAAAAUUGAGAGAUGUGGUCAUGAUAUGGAAUAUUAAGUAUGGUACUUUGCAGUCAUGGCAGACUUUGGACAAAAUCAUUGAAAAACAGAGUUCACUGCUCAGUUACUCACGGAGUCGAGGAGCAGGCUGUGUAUGUUGUAUUCCAGGCUUCAUUUGUAUUGGCUUUCAUCAUCUUGUAGCUGUAUGUCAGUUCUCAAUUGAUAGAAGCUCGUUAGCAUCUGCUUUGGGACAACUGGAUUCAACGGCAAAGUUCCUCAGGAAUAACAAAGUUAAACCAGAGCUGCUCGUUACGCCAAAGUUAGCAAGACCAGGCGAGGCUCUCAAGCACUGGCAAGAGACAAUUGCGAGAGAGGAUGAAGUGGAAAAAGAGGUUCUGCAGAAGUUAAAAGAUCCAUCAAAGACUCCUACACUUGAGGUGUUCUCUGCGGAACUUCGGAAAUACAUGGAAUUUAAGCUGUCUGAAAAAGAUGAAAAACUUGAAAAUUCUAAUCAAUUACCGGAAUCUAACAAAGCUGUGCCUGUGUUUGUGGGAAAGUUUGGUAAGAGGACAGAAGUAUUAUCACAACAUUUUAUAUCCAGCGUCUUGACGAGAUGUACCGAAGAGAAAAACUUUUGGGCGAGGGACUCUAUAUCUGAGCUCCUCAAAACAAAGUGUGUUCCAUCCAGUUGCAGUAAAGAUUUACUAAGAGCUAUUGUCGAGAAGAAUGACUUGGAUUUACUGGAAGAGUGUUUUGACAACAUAGAUGGAAUUGCUGAAGACACCGUCGUUCUCUGCGCUCGCCAUAUUUUAAGACUGGAUCAUCUAAUACUUGACGAAACAUCGAAAGAAAAUCAGAAAGAGGAAUCACAGGAAGAAGAUUUUGGUCAGAUGCCAUUAGGCAAGACACAGGCCAAGUAUUUAUGUACAAUAUUAAGCUACCCUGUCAAUGACUCUUUUCUUCAAUCCAGUUUAAGGAAGCUCUCUUUUAAAGACGUCAAACUAUUAUUAGACUUCCUAAUGUAUCUUAUGCACCAUGGUCUGUCUGGCUUUGGAGAAGAAGUUGAUUGUAAAACUCUGAUGUAUCCACAGGUCCUUGACUGGGCAGGAUUGCUGUUGAACGCUCAUUACACCCAACUGGUGCUCAUACCUGAAGCCCACGAAGUACUGGUCAGCUGUCAUCAACUUGUGGCUAAACAGGUGCGUACUUAUGAUAAGCUGCGUUCUGUGGAAAGUUUCUUGGAUCAUUUUCGGAGACGGAAGGCUCUACCCAAAGCAGAGAAAGUGGCACCUUACAGCAUCGAAACGCUGGAAUUAUGAAACGACGUAUCUCUGAAUGAGUGGUACUUCUAUUCUUUGAUGUUGAAGAUUGGGUGUGAGGAAUGCAAUCGUGCUCUCUGUUCUUGCUAAUAGUGACGAAUGAGAAAAAGGAUCAAUGAGGCAUUGACCACACUCUCGGCGCAAACAGUCCUCACUUCUACCAACAGCUGAUCAUUUGCCCAACCUGAUUGCUACGGGCGAUGGAUUUAGGGCGGGAAAAUUACCGAGAAAAACACGUGCCGUUUUGCGCAUGCUCAAGUUGUUGUGCGGCACGUUUCUCGCCUUUACGGACAGAUAUACCCAAGAAGACGUGUCCUUUAGCGAUUGAGUGAAAUGCUGGUUAAAGCGCUCUUGUUAAAAGAAGAAAAAAUGUUUGUUAAUAUAUAUUUUUUUCGAGGCUACUACAAAAGCGUGUUUUCCAAACAAGUGAUAGCGAAACGACUCUGAACCGAGAUGACAAAGUGAACUUUACGGCGCGUGAAACAAACUUUGACAAAAUUGUGGCUUGUUUGUUUAUUAAAAUUUACCUUUAAAAUUAAAAAAAAAAAAAAAAAAUAGGAUUUUGGAGUUGGAUUUGUGGUUAUUACUUUUAGGCAAUUACUCAUGCCAGUGACUGUUGUUGUGUCAAUGAACUUUUAGUACUAUUGAUGUAUGAUGUCCUUUCAUGGUAGAUAAUACACGUGAGAGAAAUUCCUGAACAUGGUUGAUCAUGUUAAGGUCAAAGUUUUGUUGAAGUAGUCUUUUGGAAGGAAUUUAUCUCAACUACCCAAUAAAGUGAACUGCGGCUUUAAACUC